GUUGUUUUUGUUUUCAAGCGAGCGGGACGAGUGUGGAGUGUGCUUUAGUGUGAGAACGCUUAAUUUUUUUUGUUUUUUUAUUUAUUUUUUGUAAAUAGAAAAGAAUAUAUAACAGCAAACUAAAAACGACAAAUUAUUUCGGAAAAAGUAAGCAAGCAAAGCAACGAAUAAUCGAGCAAAUUUUAUACUUAAUAUUUCACAUUCUCGUUGUUCCCUGCGUCGCGCGCGCCUCGAGUGCCGGAGACUCGGUGGAAAAGAAAAAAAGUUUACUAAAUUAACAGCAGCAGCAACUGGAACAACACAAAUGAUUAAUAUCGUGAAAUAAUAAUAAUGUGAUGCAGUUGGUGUUGUUGUACAUGAAUGAAACACAGCUAAAGUUUUGGCAAUGAUGCACAAAAUUUAAACAAGAGAAAUAAAUACAUACAAAUAAAUAAAGUAUAUAAAAAUUUGUAAUCAAGAGUGGGAAAAAUUUGGCAGCAAACAACAAGAACAAAAACAAACAACAAACGGACGGAAAAAAAAGAAAGCUUUAACAAUGUGCGACGGUGAAAUUUGCGAACCAAUGACUCAACAGCAAAAGCAACAACAACAAGAACAGCCGGAAGAAACGAGAGAAGAUCAAAAAGUCCAAACAAAAACCUUACGCUUAAACCGAUCACCAUCAUUCACUCAAAACGAUGCAGGAGCCGACAUCUUCAAUUGGCAAUUGGAAGAUGUAUCCAAUUGGGCCAGCAAUACGGAACAUUUCUCACGUUCCCUGCUCGAUUGCCUGCGCCUGGAGGCCAUCGAUGGCACCGUGUUGCUCUCCCUCAAUGAGAACGACGUACGCGAUAUGCGCUUCAAAUUGGGCUACAAGUUGACCUUUGGUGAACUUAAGAAAUUCUGGCUGGCCGUAAUGAAAUUGCAGCAACAACAAAUGCAAAAAUCUCCCCCAAAUGCGACGGCUGGCUCGCCGAUGAUAAUGGGCAUAACGGGACACUUGACACAUACAACAUAUGGUGGUGCGAUCGGUGGUGGUGCAACCGGAGCAACAACAACAACAGCUGGCAAUAUAUUCAUGCCAUUCACAACAAUAUCGAAUGCCACUGGCAUUCCGGCUACAUCUGCAUGUCCUUGCCCACAGGAAUGUCCUAGCUAUGUUUCCGAUUGUGAGACCUAUCAACGUAUGGGCCAACGUAUGGGCAAACGUUUGGUGGCACCGGAAUAUUUCAAGACCGCCAUUAGCUUAGGUUACUCGUUCGUUGUCACAUGGAUCACAUCAUUUGUUAUGGUAAUUGUGCAUGAGCGAGUACCCGAUAUGAAACGUUAUCCACCACUUCCGGAUAUAUUUCUCGAUAAUGUACCCCAUAUACCGUGGGCCUUCAAUAUGUGUGAGAUAACUGGAUCGCUGCUCUUUACCGUUUGGCUAAUUGUAUUGACUUUUCAUAAAUAUCGCAUGGUAUUGUUACGUCGUUUCUUUGCCUUGGCCGGCACUGUAUUCCUGUUGCGAUGUGUCACCAUGCUGAUAACCUCAUUAAGUGUGCCGGGCACCCAUUUGCAGUGUAAUCAAAAGGAUUUUGCUAUCGAUGAUCCCAAUGUGGAUAUGAUUGGGGCCCUACUCUUGCGUAUGACGCGUGCCUAUCGCAUCUGGAGUGGAUUGGGUAUGUCCAUACAGGGUGUACGAACAUGUGGUGAUUAUAUGUUCAGUGGUCAUACAGUGGCCUUAACACUCUUGAAUUUUUUCAUCACCGAAUACACACCGCGUAAUCUUUACUUCCUGCACACGCUCACCUGGUUAUUGAAUAUGUUUGGCAUCUUUUUUAUACUAGCCGCUCAUGAGCAUUAUUCGAUAGAUGUUUUUGUGGCCUUCUAUAUAACGUCACGUCUAUUUCUUUAUUAUCAUACGUUGGCCAAUAAUCGGGCCCUCAUGCAAAGCGAUUCGAAACGGACACGCAUUUGGUUUCCCAUGUUUAGUUACUUUGAGAGCUCAAUGGAUGGGAUAAUACCAAAUGAAUUUGAUACACCUGGUACCUUAAUCGAUGGUCUACUCUAUCAGAUAAUUAAACUUAAAGAUCAUCUAUUUAAUGCCGCACAUCGUUAUUGGUUGGACCGAUCGAAUGGUCUUCAAGUGAAAUCAUCAUCAAUACAAUUUUUUGGCAAUGAUUCAACGACGGAUCAUUGUGUUCAUGCUGCUGCAACUUCCAAUUACUUUAGUCCCCAUCAAUCGGCAAUUAGCGGUCUAAAUAAUCAUAAUGCAACAGCAGUUGAUGCCACCGCCACCACAACAACAACAACAACAACAGCAGCAGCAACAGCUAUGCCAACAUCUACAGCAGGAGCAACUGCAGCAAUGCAAACUCGUAGUGCUUCCACGUCGCCAUCUAAGCCGCAUAGGCGAGCUGUUAAGGAUGCUGCCAUUGAUCCAUAUAUUAGCCAGAAAGAUGUCAUCUCAGUGAAGGAUAAGAAAGUACUUUGAUUAUUUCCAUAUGUUAUACAAUGCCGAAGGCAACAACAGCAGCAGAAAUAACAACAAGAACAGCAGCAAAUGAAAUUAAUUAAAAUACAAUUUAUAUUACCGACUGAUAUUUUUAUUUUUCCAAAUAUUAUUUUCAUCUCGAUAUAAUGCAGCAGCAGCUUUCGAUCUGUCCGCCCGCCUUCCCGAUUCCAUGCAUUAACCAGAAUUCGUAGUGCCUUCCGGGUAUAGCCAGCUUCUCCAUAAAUAUUCCUCUAUAUACAUACAUAUAUAUAUAUAUAUUUAAUUUACAUAUGCUGGUCGGCAAUUAAAUGAUGAUAAAUUAAAGAUUCUUACUAUUUUAUAGUAAAUCAAUCUAUUAUAAAUCUUUAUAACCCAUAAUCCCUCCUCUCAUUCCGUUCAAUAAAGUUUUUGAACAAUGAUGUGUAUUUAUUAUCAAAGACUUUUUACUACAUUAUUAUUAUUAUUAUUAUUAUUAUUAUAUAUGUGUAAGUCAGCAUGCGAAACAAGUUGCAAUUAAGUUAUUUAGUAAUAAUAUAUUUUGUUUUUGUUGUUCUUCAACGCACAAAAAAAGAAAUAUAGAUUCAAAAUAAAUGGAACUAUUUAGCAAAAAUUGAAAAUAAAAACCCACGAACACAAAACUUAA